ACUUAAGGUACUGAAAGCGAAAAUGCAGAUCGGCCUUUUUUCAGAAUAAUAUUUAUAUAUGUUUUGAUUAUAAUUAUUGAUGAAUCGAUGUGUUUAUCAAAGCUGGUGAAGUUGCAGUUAAUUCAAGUACUUUGUAUACUGUAUGGUAGCUUGUGGAUGUUACUCCAGGUGUAACUAAAGUAUUAUUUAAUAGUACAUCUGCAAUGUAACUAAAGGUAAUACAUAAAUGUGGUGGAGUCCACUAUUUACCUUUUAAUUGUAGUGGGAGAGAAGUACAAAGUAGCAACACAUUUAAGUACCUUAAAAUUGUACUAAAGUGUAGUACUUCAGUAAAUGUACUUAGUUACUUUACACCACAGAGUGUAAUAGACAUUUAGGUUGUUUUGUAAAAGAUGAAUGUGGGGUAACUUUAACGUUGAGCCCCUCUGGUCACAUUUCGGGGGGGGAAGUAUUUCUCUGCUGCACAUUUCCUGUUCCCUAGCAACAAGAGCAAUGUGGAAAUGGUGAUGGUAGAAAAAAAGACAAUUGGAAAAAACGGGGUUGCCCUUUAACACAAAAACAACGCUAUUUUUAAGUGGAUGAGCGAAGUUCUAUCGUUGGAGGAUAGCGUUGAACCAUCGCGUCUUCAGCUAGAUUUUCCUGCUUCUCCUGAAUUCAAGUCACUCCUGAUUGACGUCCUCUGCAGUUUUACCUCCCUGGACCCUUGGACCUGGCUGUAAAGACCUACCUUCUGCGUAUACGAACGAUAAAGGCAUCUGAUGCAUUUCCCUCUUGAACAUUCAUGCAGUGUGUGUCUAGUGAACUUAAUUGAAACGUCAUCUUGUAAUGGCGGUGCAAGACCCUGGCAGGACAUCAGGUUUUCCUUGCAAACAAUGCGGCAUUGUAUGUACCAACAUGCCCGAUCUGCUUGAGCACAUGGAUGCUCACCUUCAAGAAGAGGAAGAUCGCAAAUUUAAAUGUGAUGAAUGUGGACGUGGUUAUAGGCAUGCUGGUAGCUUAGCUAACCACAAAAGGACCCACGAGGUGGGUUCUUUUCAAUGUAACAUCUGCGGUAAAGAAAACUCCAACUCUCUGGCCCUGAAGAGUCAUCUCCGGAGUCACAACUAUCAGAAAAAGUACUCCUGUGACGAAUGUGGGAAAUCUUUUCGGCUCGCAACACAGCUAGCCACACAUGCGAAGGUUCAUCUUACCAGACGUGUAAAGGAGCGCACCUUUAGGAAGGUAGACAUGGAAUAUCCCACACAUGAAAAUAAUGAAAUAGAAAAUGAUCACCCCAGUGAGCAGUUUGCCGGUGAUGGGAUUUCUACAGAAAAUAGCCCAGUUGAGUACAAUUCGGAGGUUGCUUAUAAUGCACAAUCCGAGACGUCUGAUGAAGCAACAAAUCGGCCUUUCAGAUGUGACCUGUGUGACAAAUCAUACAUACAUCAUCGAAGCCUGACCAAUCAUAAAAAGACUCACCAAGUGGGAAAGUUUGAGUGUACAGUGUGCUGCAAACUGUUCAAUAACAUGGCUGCCCUUUACAGCCACCAGAGAUCUCACAAGACGAGAAGCGGGACAGACCCAGAUUCUUUGGGCGGGUCAUACACAGCGGCACCACUGGACCAGUUUUCACCUCAGACCCAGGAUGCUCCAGUAAGCUUUUGCCACUUAUGUCAGGUUCUAUUCCCUAAUGAUGAAGAGUUCCAGGAACACAUCCACAUGCAUAACUCUUCUUCUCUGUCAUUUGGCCUUCAAGAUACCUUGUCCGAGAAUCACAAUAUGUCAUAUGAAAACAGCAUUGCCUCGCCCGAGUCCAAUUUUUAUGCAUCACCUAUAAAUAACGUUCCCUCAGUAUCAUCUAUAGAUAAUCAUGGAGGCUUUGAUCAGCCCCUGGAACAGAUUAGCAGUAACGGCCACGUGUACUCUGACUGCUCCAACAAUCAGACACCACCUUCCAUUAGCACUCAGGGAAAACCCCCAAUCAUAGACACAAGUGUUCUCAAUCCUGUCCUUACCCUUGACACUGACAGUUCAACCUUAGACUCUGAGCGGCCCUUCAAGUGUCAAAUCUGCAGCAAAAGCUACCGGCACUCUGGGAGCCUCAUCAACCACAAAAGGUCACAUCAGGUCGGGAUUUACAAAUGUUCCAUCUGCAAAAAGAGCUACCCUCACCUGGCCGCCCUCAAAAGUCAUCUCCGUCUCCACAAAGGUCAGUCGUCAUCAUUCGGCUUCACCACUGAUGAAGACUGGCUCUCCUCAGAGCCUCUGGAUACCCAACAGGGCUUCUCCUCUCAAGAGGAGGAGGAGGAGGGAGAGGAGGAGGAGGAGGAGGAAGAGGAAGAAGAGGAGGAGGAUGGCAUCUUCCCUCUACUUGAUAUAAAUCAGGAGAAUGGAUUGGACCAGAGCAAUGUGGCUUUGUACCAUGAGCAGUUUAAUCAGGAGUUUUCCGAUAUGACUGUGCAUCUACCUCACAGCGACCACCUGACGCAGAGGCACAUGUGUGCAGACUGCGGUGAGACAUUCGCAGACAUUGCAGGGAUUAAGUCGCACAUUUGCCCGCUGCUACAGCAGCAGCAGCAUGACACUACGAGCAGUGACUAUGAUAGUGUUGUGAAUUUGCAGGACAGUAAUGGUAGCUGUGCUGUUAAAAAUCCAGGGAGUGACGUAGACUUCCAAGCUCUGAAUAGUAGUCACGACCAAAGUUACUUUGAACAGAACUUCCAUGAGGAAAUGAGAAGUGAUCAGAUGAAUAGUGGCGGAGAAGGGGAUAACGCUGAUGAGGAGGAGGAGGAAGAUGAAGAUCUUUAUCAGUGUUCUUUAUGCGGAAACAGCUACACCAGCAUGAGGGCUCUCAGAAGCCAUCUCCGAGGGCACACACAGUCCAACGUUACUCCUGCAAGCUCUGGACCUUCCUCUAUGUCUUCGCAUGAAGAGGUGAAAGACGAGGAGUCCGGGGAGAUGAUGAUCUGUAGCACAUGUGGGGAAAGUUUUGCCAAUAGGCAAGACUUGAUCACUCAUCAGCUUCAGCACAACAAAGACCAGGUGGAGAGUGUUGCUCAGUUACACAUGAACAACAGCGUUGUGUCUGCAGCCAAGGAGGAAGUACAGAGCAUCAUCUGUGGCAGCUGCGGCAUCUUCUGCAACAGCUUCCAUCAUCUUACGAACCAUGGCUGCUCCGCUGAGAGGACAGGGACUUCGACUCAUAGUGAACAGGAAAUGAAAGUGAAGGAUGUCUCCCAGCAUGAUGACACGGCUCAUGACAAAGAGACUGAAGAUCGACAGUACAAGUGCGAUGAGUGUGGACGUUCAUACAGACACGCCGGCUCGCUCCUUAACCACAAAAAGUCCCACAAAACUGGUGUGUUCAGGUGCCUCGUCUGCCAAAAGCGCUUCUACAACCUGUUGGCCCUGAAAAACCAUCAACGGUCACACUUUGAUAUAAAGAGGCAUUCUUGCCAUGAGUGCGGCAAAGCUUUCAAAAUUCCGAAGCAGCUGAUAAACCACCUGAAAAGGCACAAAGAGAACCAAGCUAAAAUCCAAGACCUCAACAACCAGAUCCAGGCCCUCAUGGAGAUGAAUGGGACCAGGCCAGAUGGAGGAAUGCAGUUGUUAACUCCAAAUGCCAAUCAGGCUUUUACCUCCACUCGACGCCGCAGGCAAGUCAUUGAAGGAAAGAGAGAACAAACAAAUUGUGAGACUUCCAUCAAAUCUGAGAACACGGGUGACCAACGGCCUUUCGCCUGUGAUCAGUGUGGCCGUACAUAUCGCCACGCAGGAAGUCUAGUCAACCACAAAAACUCCCAUAAAACAGGCGAAUACUACUGUUCGGUUUGCAACAACACUUACCCCAAUCAGCUGGCAAUGAAGAACCACAUGCGCACCCACUUUGCAUUGAAAAAGCACUCUUGCCAAAACUGUGGGAAAGGCUUUAGGGGAAAGAAGCAACUAUUAGCCCACGUAUGUGCAAAACUCAGAAAAGAGGGGGCCGGAGUCAGGAAGGGCCUCAAACCGAGAGCCUUUAAGUGUAAGCAAUGUAAGAAGGCCUUUGUUUCGGUUGACAAGCUCACUGCCCAUACCUGUGAUGCACCACCAGGCAGCAGUGAUGCACAAACAAGCACGUCUCGGAUUAAAGAGGAGCGGCCUUUCACAUGCAACAUAUGUAAUCGCAGCUACCGCCACGCAGGCUCCCUCCUGAACCACAAAAACACACACAAGACCGGACAAUUCAGCUGCACCUUCUGCUCCAAGCCAUUCACCAACCCCAUGGCUCUGCGCAAUCACACGCGCAUCCACACGCAGAAGAAGAAGUACAUGUGCCUCACGUGCGGAAAGGCCUUCCGCCUCGCCAGUAUCCUGCACAACCACCAGAGGAUCCACAGCCGGGCGGCCAGUCACUUCAGGUGCUCUGCGUGCGGCAAGAGCUUCCAGGGCCGGUCCGGCCUGAAGAGGCACCGCUGCCGCCGGGGGCAGGAGAACUCCCCGAGAGCCGGGGUCCAGCAGACAGAGCGCGGAGACAAGUGCUUCAUGUGUGACCUGUGUGGGCGCUCCUACCGCCACGCUGGCUCCCUCCUCAACCAUAAAAAGACACACUCCGAAAGCCUGCACCACUGUUCCUUGUGUCUGCAGACAUUUCCUGACCCUCUCACUCUACAGAUUCACUCCCAGAUGAGGCGGCACUGCUGCCCCGAGUGCGGCAAGACCUUCUGUCUGCUGGCACACCUGCAGAGCCACAUGGAGGUGCACUCUAAGCCAGCGUCCAGCUACCACCAGGACCUGACCCACGGGGCUCAGGACCCCUACCAACACGGCGUGGACCAACCCGUAGACGACAACCUCUGCUGGGACUCAGGAAUAGAUCACACCAUGGGGGUGGGCGGGAUGCUCAAGUCAGUUCCACCCCCUCUGUCCCAUAUUCCAGAAAGCAUCGCUGAUUCCGAGAAGAGCAACGAGACAGAGGAGAAGAGCCACGUCUGCGAGCAUUGCGGCCGCACUUACCGCCACGCCGGCUCCCUCCUUAACCACAAGAACAGCCACAAGACGGGCUCCUACUUCUGCUCCGUCUGCCAGAAGGAGUUCACCAACUUGAUGGCCCUCAAGAACCACCGGCGCAUUCACACGGAGCCCAAGCGCUACCAAUGUCUGGAGUGCGGCAAGGCUUUCCGCGUGUCCACUCAGCUCAUAUGCCACCGACGAAUCCACACCAAAGAGAAGCCUUUCGCCUGCCUGCAGUGCGACAAGAGCUUUUCCAGCAAGUCCAACCUGCGGCACCAUCAGAAGCUGCACCAGAACUCCCAGAGCUACGACUCGUCUUUUAGCAUGGAUGCUAAUGCGUUUAUGGACUUGGACAUGGGGUCUUUCCUUUGAAAACAGAUUCCAGAGCGUACAAGAGAAGAGGAUAGGCAGUCCUCUUAUUUAUCUGUUGUUCAUCCCUCUAUCAAUAAUUGUAAAACUGUAUUUUUUUUUAAGGACAUUUCAUUACUGUCUUACCUCCAGAACAGAUGGUGACUCACAUCCUCCACAGGGUUUACCGGUCAGCUUCUAAUAAGGUCUGAAUGUUUUCUUGGAUCCACAGGAUACCAGAAUACAAGGCGGCUGGGGUUAAUAUAAGUCGCCGCUCAUUCCUCAAUGACGAACCAACCAAAGUGAUCAGGAAAGCGCAGCCCAGGUCCAUGUGAGAAAACCGACCACAGUGUUUCUGAAAGACAGUACUUUCUUCUCUCGCUACGUAUAAUUGUGUUCAGUGCCUCUGUACGUUCCUUAGGAAACAAAAUAAUACAAACUAUAUUUAUCUCUGGAUCCUUUUGUCAGCUGCCGAAAGGACUGCUCACUUUUCCUUUUUGGAUUUCACAAAUGGCAAGCCUGUUGUAAGUCAAAUACCUCUGGGCGGCUCCGAAGGGCAGUGGCAAAGUGAAUUUUCUGAAAUCACGUCAUCACGUAAAUAGUCGUACUGCUAAUAAUAAUUAACGUCGAGUGACAUUGUAUGCUUAAAAAAAAGAAGAGAUUUUUAUUAAUUUAUUCCUGUUAUGUGCAUAUUUUAUUAGAAACCCUUUUUUUAUUAAUGUUGUAAAAAAAUCUGUCUUCUAAUACUCAUGUAGCCUUUAAGGAGCGCCAUCAUUUAGUUGUCAGAUACAACGAGCAGGAAUGAAUGAGCCAAGCGUCAUUGGCAGCACUCAGGUAAACCUUCAAAAGGAACACACCUGACGUGUUAAACAUUGUACAUAAUCAGGUUCACAACUGAGCAUUUCCCUUCCACUCGUUCCAUUUCAACACGUACGUUAGCUCACUCCCAACAGUUAGCUGCAGCUGCACAUGUAGUGCAUGCUGACGAGUCCAUUUCAGUCCGUUGAGAAGCAUCCGUAACGUUGAAGUGCCAGUGCCUAACAUGUCAAGUAAAGUGUAGCAGUAUCAUUUUAGCAAACCUCCUCUUGGUGUUUUUGUUCUAACUGUAAACCUGUGCUGGGCGAUAGAGAGAAUAUCAUACAUCACAAUAUUUGUAACCUUGACCUGGAUAUUGUAUCAAUACCACACAAUAGAAAUGUGAUCCUCAGUACUACUGUAAAGGCAAAUAAGAGAAUAAUUCUGAUAAAACACUUACAUGAUCUCACCACAUCAUAAUAUCCGUGUAUUGCCCAGCCCUUCUGUGAACCAAUACAGGUUAUUAUAUUGUCUGUGACAUCAUUUGAAAUCCAUAUUCUGGUUUGUAAAUCUACUCGGCCACAGUCAAAACAUCCUAAAGUAUUGCAGCAGUGAGGAAAAAAGUGGUUCCUUUUUGUCUUUUCUUCCCCCACAAAUGCUUUUCGUGAAUAAAACAGAGCAACUGUGUCUUUAAACACAACACAUGUGGCCAAAAACAGAUCUGCCAAGCACAAGUAUUACCACAACCAACGAGGGCUUUCUGGAUUUACAAGGACGAACCAGUUUCAUCUUCACUGUCGACUUCAUGAACCAUUUUAUGCUCUGUGAAAAAUGUGCAAUUAUUUAUUCUCUGGGUUCUUUUUUUAAUAUAUUUGUCUAACAAGCCUGUUGUUCCUUAUGUGGUUUCUUCUCACAGAUCAGAAAUCUAGCAAAAAGGGAACACAUGGGAAAUAAUAUGAAAUCAGAUUUUCUUUAUGCCUUAGAUAUUAACAUUUCACGUGCGAGUAUGGCUCUGGUCAGAAGUAUGAAAUACCUCAUGGAAAGCCCUGCCUACCUAGCAACUGCUACGUAAUGCCUCAUGCAGCGUAAUUGUAGAGAAUACACUGUAACAAUAGGUGAUCAAUUGUAAGAAAUCAAAUAAAGCGUUCAUUUUAAGAGUUCUUUUGUAGUUUUCCGAAGCAGUUUUCACCAUAAAAUGUGUUGUCUUCAGAGUUAUAUUUGCACAUUUGUAGAUGAGACACCUGUAGCCUAAGGAGGACAGGAAGUUAAUAAGCCUGGAGGCCUUCGGUAAUUCACCUCAGUACGUUUCCGGGUCGUAAUAUUUAAGCAAUAUGCUGAAAGUAUUGUUUCAGUGCAUGAGUAAAUGUCUUACUGUUGUAUCAGAUUCAGUUUACUGACAACUAGCCUUGAAAAACGAUUUGCCAUCUUUGGGUUUUUUCAUUAUCAAAAGUCCUACAAGUGUCAUUUUGAAAUGACUUAGAUUAUCUAACUGUAACAUAUUCCCGUACACCAUGGUAGCCUACAUGUAAAAGAACACACUGGAGUUGAAACAUAUUUUUUAAUCUCCAUCUGGUCUCCCUGUGGCACUAAACCGGUUCCCCCCCCGUCAUUGAAUCCACCUUUUAGACUCUUUUGUGAUAGUUUGGACGGACUAAACCAUGACUUUUAUCGGACUUGCUUUACUUUUAUUUUUCUCUGUCGCCCUAUACUAUUGCUUUUUCUCAACAUGCUUUUUUAGGUUUUUUUAAUGACAUACUAUGACCAUUUGUUGACAUAUUUUCCUGUGACUUAUCUGAUCAUUCUCAGAUACUAUGAGGGUUUUCUUCUGAUAUUCUCCACAUGCUAUACUUUGACUUUUAUUCAACAUACUUGACUACGACCUCAGACCUCUGUAAAUACAUAUCCGAUGGAUCUAUGUACAUUCAGAUUUCCUUCAGCAGGAGAAAACUGCUAGAUUAGCUAUUGUGUAAUUUAAAUAAACAUAUACCACAUGUUCUGAUUUAUUGGAUUUUCAGUGCUCAAAACUGUCUGCUCACUAUUUAAUUCAUAUUUAUAUAACUAUUUUGUCACUCUAAAAUGUAGAUUUUUACUUCUUUGUUAGAACUUAGCGUAGGAUAUAAGCAAAUUAUGGGAAAUUGUUGAAAUGAAUUAAAAGAUUUAAAAAUACAA